CACGUCCGAGUUUUCAGCUGCCCAGCCUCCGCCGUCUUCGCUUCGUGAUUGUUGGAUUUCAGUGUUCACGAGACUCUGUGAUUUUGAGAGUAUAGUGCAGAGUUGUGAACUUUGGCGUAGUGCGACUGUUGACUCCUGCGCCCCUCAUCUUGACAUCUUGAGCUCGACUGCGCAUACGCAACUCGGACAAAGAGGCUCAUCCGCACUCGGGCACUAUCGCAGAUACGCCCGCUAUAAACCUCAAUCGCAACCCCUCAGCACUGCCGGAUCACCACCCAACCUUACAUACAGCACACAAUGGUUUCUUUCAAGAGCCCCUUUGCGCGGAAGGCAGACGAUCAAGACUACGUCGCUGACGACGCAAGCCAGUACAGCACCUCCAAAGACCAGUCCUACGAGCUCUCCCAGAUGCAGUCCGAGAGCAGCUACACCGGCGCCCAUUCAAGCGUAUACCGCGACCCCUACGGCGACAACGUUCCCCUGACAGAAGUCACCCCACAGCCGACGGGAAGCUAUAAUCCAUGGGUUCCGGGCGCGCAGCAGCUGGAUCCCAACUCUGCCGCCGCGGCCGGAAUCACGAUUUCUCCCGAGCUUCCGCCGCCGAGAAUGGCGUUGGUGAAGAAGUCAAAGGCGUGGCCAUGGUUUUUGAUUUUCAUCUCGUUCAUCCAGAUCGUGGUCUUCAUUGCCGAGCUUAUUGUCAUGGGAAAAUAUACUGGCAAACCUAUCGAGACUAAGCCGGAGUUCAAUCCCAUGAUUGGACCGUCGCCAUAUGUGCAAAUCCAUAUGGGUUCUCGGUUUGCUCCGUGUAUGCACUCAAUCUCAGGAAUCACCGACGACACCUCGAUCAAGUGGCCCUGCCCUAAUGCCACCACGUCUGCCGAUAAGUGCAGCUUAUCUGAGCUUUGCGGAAUGGGCGGUAUCGACACGGAUCAUCCUAAUCAGUGGUGGCGAUUUAUUACUCCUAUUUUCAUUCAUGCUGGAUUUCUUCACAUUAUCAUGAACAUGGUUUUACAGGUUAUGCUUGGUUUCCGGACCGAGAGAGAGCUCGGUCACCUGAAGACCGCCAUCAUUUACCUCGCUGCGGGAAUAAAUGGAUUUGUAUUGGGCGGAAACUUCACCCCAAACGGAAUUUCUAGCUGCGGUGCAUCCGGUGCUCUAUUUGGCUUCCUUGCGGUUCAGCUGGUUGAUCUGGUAUUAAACUGGAGAGCAUUUGAGCAUCCCAAAUCAUACCUAUUCAGACUCCUCAUUGAUAUCGUCAUCUCAUUUGUCAUGGGUCUGUUGCCUGGUAUCGACAAUUUCGCACAUAUCGGUGGUUUCAUGGUCGGCAUCACUCUCGGAAUCGCCCUUCUUAGGAGCCCGCUCAAGAUUCGCGAGAUGUCAGGCGAAGACGACGGGUAUUACUAUGCUCCCACAGCCGGCAGGUGGUACGUUCGAAAAUACGACAGCAUACGGAUCGUGUUCAAAAACAAGCCUGCAGUCUGGUAUCUGUGGGUCUUUAUACGACUGUUUAUGAUUGUCUUGACGGCCAUUUACAUGAUUGUCCUUAUUCGAAAUUUCAAGGAAGGAGGCGGACACUGCAGCUGGUGUAAAUAUCUGAGUUGCGUGCCUAUUUCAAACUGGUGCGAGAGUGGAUACAUCUCUGCCGCUUCUUCCUCAUCGAGCUCCAAAUUGAUGCAGUAUCGCUUGUUCGAGUAAGUUAUGCUGAGCUUGUAUUGUCAGUUCUACUUUAGAAUAUAUAUUUGGGUUCAUUUUUUGUGUAUGUCUUGCGGCUUUGUUCAAUGAGAAAUGUUCAUUUUACUACACGCGAUUGUAUGAGAAACAUGUCUGCACUUGCUACAGGCAAGAUUUAUAAAGACAGACAUUACUUGCCAGGAAUCUCGUUCAUAUAGAAAUUCCCUCUACUUGAGCGCCAUGAACAGACGUAUGUCGUAUGUAUAUCGACCACGCAACCUCCUCGUCCACUACCCAAGUAGAAAAACGCCCUCAUUUGCUCUAAUCUGCGUCAGAUGACAAUACUCCCAACCUAAGCAAAAAAAAAUGACAUUAUUUGUAAAAAGACAAUGCAAAAAAAAUUACUAGCGAUGCCUGGUUUCGAUCCAGGGACAUCAGGGUUAUGAGCCCUGCGCGCUUCCACUGCGCCACAUCGCUUUUUUAAAAAAAGAAUGUGCUGGUUCUUUAUAAA